AUGGGAAGUCUAGAAACAAUAUUUUUUCCUCCAUUACUUUCCCAAAGUACACUUGGUGAUGCAAAUGGUAGCAACGCUUGUGUUGUGAUAUCCUUAUUGCUGGGUUUUGCUGUGAAGAAGUCAAAUUACGAGCUCGAUUUUUCGUCGUGGUCAGCGCUAAAAGAUAUUCUUUUGCCUAUAUAUUGCGGUGCAAUUGACAUUGGUAACUAUCUUUAUCGUACUAAUAAAAAAUCUGGCUUCUUACACACAGCAGAAGCGUUACAAAUAUUGUCGUCGAACAUGUUGUCGCUGACGGAGGAAAGGAAUGUGUUUUUUGGUACACGAGAUAACUCUCUUCUAUCUUACAUCAGUGACAAACGUUCCGAAUGCAAUGAUGUAGUCGUAGUAAAAGGCGUCGCCAUGUCCGUGUUUAUAGAUCACACAAGAAUUAUUUUUAUUGACACUCAUCGGAAUGAUCAACGUGGUGGUAAAAUUUGCUCUGCGAAAAAACUAGAUUUUGAAAAUCUUUGUAAAGUUUUUAAUUUUACAAUUCCGAAUGAUGAAGUUAUUUAUAUAUGUAGCGUGUUAAUCAAUGGAGAAUAGUUAAUUAUAGUCGUAAAUUGGCUUUGUGUUCUAUGGACUCUAUGUAAUAAAACUUGAUGCAAUAGCA